AUGUCUGGACGUGGAAAAGGAGGCAAAGUCAAGGGAAAGGCAAAGUCCCGUUCGAUCCGCGCUGGAUUGCAGUUUCCAGUCGGUCGUAUUCACCGUCUACUCCGAAAGGGCAACUAUGCCAAGCGUGUUGGAGCCGGUGCUCCCGUCUACCUGGCUGCCGUGAUGGAGUAUCUGGCCGCUGAAGUUCUCGAGUUGGCAGGAAAUGCCGCUCGUGACAACAAGAAAACCCGAAUUAUCCCACGUCACCUGCAGUUGGCCAUCCGCAACGACGAAGAGCUGAACAAACUUCUUUCCGGAGUGACCAUCGCUCAGGGUGGUGUCCUGCCAAACAUCCAGGCCGUCCUGUUGCCCAAGAAGACCGAAAAGAAGGCCUAAAUUCGAUCCAAGUUCCCACCCUUUAACAAAAUCCGUCCUUUUCAGGACGACCAAUUUGAUGGUAAAGAGUUUCGUUUUCAAAACAGUUUCCUUCGUGGUGC